AUGUUAUCAACAGUGAGAAGUGGUUUCCAAAUUUAUUCUCGCGUGAUUUUUCAAUCAAGAUCUGGUGUCAGUUUGAUGUGUCGUAAUAAUAGUACCACUACUAAUAACUCUAUUUCUUCCAAUUUAUUCUUAUCACCAAGCCAAUGGAAGGGAUUGCCACCGCAGAUUAUUAUUCAGUUGCAUGAAGAAAGAAAGUUCAAACUGGGUCCAAAUUACCAACCAAAUGUAGAUGAAUUAGAUGCAUUAUACACCACUGGUGAUUUUACGGGCAAAUCUAAAGCUGAAAUUAAACAAAUAUAUCAAUCACAUUGGUUUCGAAAUUUGUCAAAGAAUGGUAAAAAUAGAAAAAGACAAGUUAAAGUGAAAAAACAUAGUGUCAAUGAGUUAAAAUAUGGGUUAAGACCAUUCCAGUUCGAUGAUUUACCUACUCCUGUACAAGAUGAAUUGGAAACUAAAGGUGAAGAGAGAUUUUAUCGUAGGAUUGCAGCUUAUGAACUUCCAUUGUUAGUCAAGUACAGACAAGAAUAUAAGCCGGUGGACACAAAGGAGAAUCCAAUAACUUAUAGAUACACGACUUAUUUAGGUGAAGAACAUCCAAAUUCUAAGAAAGUGGUGUUAAGUUGUCAAACCAGUCAAUUGGGUCUCAAUGAAAAACAGUUACACAAGUUUAGACUGCUAGCGAGAACAAGAUACAAUUAUGAAACUGAUGAAUUUAAAAUGUCUAGUGAAAGAUUUAAUGAACCACUACAAAAUGCGCGCUAUUUACAUGAUAUCUUACAGAAAUUAGUCAAUGAAGCUAAAGAUUUAUCAAAGGAAACGUUCGAAGAUAUCCCAUUAGAUAAAAGACAUGUUAUGGCACAAAAUUUACGUAAGAAGAAGGGUGUCAAAUCUUUUAAAUUCCCUGAAGAAUGGAAUAGACCACAAGAUGCGCCAAAGAAGAAAGUUAACAUUCUAAAGGAAAUUUUCGAAUGA